AUGACCGGCGGGGCGCGCCGCGCGCUGCCGGCGGCGCCCGGCGCCCUGCUGCUGCUGCUGGCGCUGCUCUGGCCGCUAGGGGUAUUCGGUGGAUACCACGAAAAGCGGCUACUGCAUCAUCUCCUGGACCACUAUAACGUGUUGGAGCGACCUGUGGUCAAUGAAAGCGAUCCUCUCCAACUGUCUUUUGGCCUCACACUCAUGCAGAUCAUUGACGUGGAUGAAAAAAACCAAUUAUUAAUCACCAACAUUUGGCUAAAACUCGAAUGGAAUGAUAUGAACGUGAGGUGGAAUACUUCUGAUUUUGGAGGUGUCAAAGACUUAAGAGUUCCGCCACACAGAUUAUGGAAACCAGACGUCCUUAUGUACAAUAGUGCCGAUGAAGGUUUCGACAGCACAUAUCCGACCAAUGUUGUAGUACGAAACAAUGGAUCAUGCCUCUACGUUCCGCCGGGUAUUUUUAAGAGUACGUGUAAGAUUGACAUCACCUGGUUUCCUUUUGAUGAUCAGCGUUGCGAAAUGAAGUUCGGGAGCUGGACGUACGAUGGUUAUCAAUUGGAUCUACAGCUACAAGACGAAGCGGGGGGUGAUAUCAGCAGUUUUGUUACUAACGGAGAGUGGGAACUUAUAGGGGUACCAGGCAAAAGAAAUGAGAUCUAUUACAACUGCUGUCCGGAACCAUACAUCGAUAUAACCUUCGCUGUAGUUAUACGGCGGAAAACGCUUUACUACUUUUUCAACUUAAUCGUUCCGUGCGUGCUAAUCGCCUCUAUGGCUUUACUGGGUUUCACCUUACCACCUGACUCUGGGGAAAAGCUGUCAUUAGGUGUGACAAUUCUGUUGUCUCUAACCGUGUUCCUGAACAUGGUAGCAGAGACAAUGCCAGCCACGUCGGACGCAGUCCCACUUUUGGGCACCUACUUUAACUGCAUCAUGUUCAUGGUGGCUUCUUCUGUGGUCUCUACUAUACUUAUAUUGAACUACCAUCACCGGCAUGCCGACACGCAUGAAAUGAGCGAUUGGAUUCGCUGCGUGUUCCUAUACUGGCUGCCGUGGAUCUUGCGCAUGUCUCGGCCCGGAUCGGCAACCACGCCGCCACCGGCCCGCGCUCCACCUCCGCCGGACCUGGAACUACGCGAGCGAUCCUCUAAAUCGCUCCUUGCUAACGUCCUCGACAUCGAUGACGACUUCCGGCACGCGCAUGCGCAGCAGCCGCCCUGCUGCCGAUACUACAGGUCCCUCGACGAUCUACACGAACACUACUCGCCGAGCGGAGAAGAAAACGGGGCAGGUCUUGCUGCACAUAGCUGCUUUGGUGUCGACUAUGAGCUCUCCCUUAUACUUAAGGAGCUUCGAGUCAUCACAGACCAGAUGCGCAAAGACGACGAGGACGCGGACAUUUCGCGCGACUGGAAAUUUGCCGCCAUGGUCGUGGACAGACUGUGCCUUAUUAUCUUUACCCUGUUCACAAUCAUCGCCACGCUAGCCGUGCUGCUGUCCGCACCGCACAUCAUGGUGUCGUAG